AUGAUGGAUGCGAAUCUGUUGGACUGUCACCCCGUGGAGCAAGAGCCCGGCUUGUGCGUGUGUAAAGGCGGUCCGUCUCUAGACAUACUCAAAGAUGUACAGAGGGCGUACGAGGAGCGGAUAGAGCUCAUACAUAAAACGGGAGGAAAAAAUAAAUUGCAGAAAGAGUUGGAUCUGCUGCGGUCUUGGGUGGGGGACUUGGUCGAGCAGAACGGGCUCCUGGCGCGCGCCGUCGAGGAGAUGGAGGCGGAAGUCUCCUCGAGGGUAGUGUUCGAGAGGCGGCGGAAUAUUGAGAUCGAGAGCGAGCUGCGCACGGAAGUGGCGGCGCUGAGGCGGUGCCUCGCCCGCAAGGACUCCGACGUGCGAGGGCUCCUCGAGCUGCUGAGGAGGCUGCGCGAGGGCGACCGCAGGGACAUCCACGGCAUCCGCUUCUACGAGGUCACCGAGCGGGACAUAUUCGGAUUCAACGGGAUACCAGAUACAAAGCUCGAUGACAGCCAAAACGACAAGGAAAGCCACAAACGGAGGACCAAGAAGGAAUUUGAAAAUUUUACAGUUUUA